CAACAUGGCUUCGCCCACUACUUCAGACCUAGGCCAAUUCUUUGAUUUCGGCAAUGCUUCUGCGCCCGAAUCCACAACAGCGCUAAGCAGACCUGCGUCGCGCAACGACAAGCAUCGCGUUGGCUGCCCUGCUCAUGGUCAAGCACGAGACGAUGGGUGUCUGUGUCAUGCUUUCGACCAAGAUCCGGGACUUCCUGAUCAUGUCAACGAUGAAGUCGCAACCGAAGAUUUCAAUACAGACUUCUCGCAUUGGCUACCGCAUUAUCAGAAGGCAGUCCAACCAUGUGACCAUUGUCGCUCUAAGUCAAUGGAAUGUUUCAUCAUCUACCGCGCAAAUGAUGGUAAACCUUCGGCUUGUUCCCCUUGCAAAGCUUUGUUCCGACCCUGCAGCUUCAAUACCUCGGAGCAACAAUUAGUCAUUCAAAAGUCAAAAACCUCCCUCGACACGUUAGGUAUAGUGGCUGAACACAGCGAGCAACUGUUUGGUGGUCAAACCGGGAAAAAGCCUCUUCGCUCCCUAGGCUAUAUAGGCCCAAUCGAAGAUGAGUCGGUGGGCGAAAAUGGUCCGAAGCGGGGUGCUGCUGCUGCGCGCUUCCCUCGUGCCUCCGUCAAGAUCCUGAAAGACUGGCUCAUCUCCCACUUGGAUCACCCAUACCCCACCGAGGAAGAAAAGGAGCAGUUGAGAGAUCAAACGGGUCUCAGUAUCAAUCAAAUAUCCAACUGGAUGGCGAACACGAGGCGAAGGCAGAAGGCGCGUCCGAAGCGAAGCGCAUCGCCUAGUAUCAGACCGUCUACUGAAGCCAUCAAUAUACCUCCAGGCAGAACAUGGGACGACCUCAAUCCCAUGGAACGAUGGAAACACUCCCCUCCUGAGAACGAACCUGCUCCGAUGCAGGCUAUCGCACACAACGUUGAACAUUUCGAGUUUCCGGAGUCUACAAGUCUUUCUAGCAGCCUUAGCUACAACAAAGAGCCCUCCAACGACAGCACGGGUAGUUUCUCAAUUUUCCGAGCGCCAUCCACAACUUCAUUGGAGACUGGCUUCACUGCAAUCUCUUCAGGGUCUCUGGGAUCCAUGAACUCCGCAUACUCACACAGCUCACGUCACUCUCUUGGGUCGUUCAACAGCCUCAAAUCAAAAGAGAGGCGCCGGAGACGACGCCUGCCAACACGCACUUCGAAGUAUGAUCAAACUGACGCAGCAAGGAUGUUCCAGUGUACAUUUUGCACCGAUUGCUUCAAGUCCAAAUACGACUGGGCUCGGCACGAGAAGUCUCUGCAUCUUUCGCUCGAGAAAUGGAUUUGUGCUCCGUUGGGUGAAGUCAUCACUUGCUCGGCUUCUGGGCAACGGAAGUGUGUCUUCUGUGACGAGAUUGAGCCCAGCCAGGAGCACCUUGAAACACAUGAUCAGCCAACCUGUCAAUCUAAAGGAUUGGAGGCACGAACCUUCUACAGGAAAGACCACCUUAGGCAACACCUACGGUUGAUGCACAGCUGCAAAAUGUCACCGAGUAUGGAAUCAUGGAAGAUUGAAACGCAGGACAUUGCUUCUCGUUGCGGCUUCUGCUCAAUGACCUUCGAAAAGUGGCAGGAUCGUGUCGACCACCUAGCCAAAGAGUUCCGUAACGGUGCCACUAUGAAGCAGUGGAAAGGAUGUCGCGGGCUGGGUGCAGAAGUUGCCAGCCAAGUAACGAAUGCGAUGCCGCCAUAUCUAAUCGCCAACGAAAGCAAAUCACCAUUUCCUUUCUCCGCUUCAAACUCCUCGUCUGUGGGGCAACAAGGAAUGUACAUGCUUCCGGCGGAUUUGGAGGCUGUCAUUCCAGUAGGCCUUCCAGAUAACGCUACUUUCGAGGCCGGGUUGCAAACAACUCAGGCAGACGGUUCGCCCGGCUCUAAAUCAGGCACCAACAAGCUCACCGAUGAUUCCGAGGCAGACGCAAGAGCAACUUGCUGGGAGAUCCUCACGCUGCGAUUAGGUCGUUUUGCGCGACAGUACAUGGACAAGUACAGCACCAACAACAUUCCGGACUCCAUACUGCAGAGCAAAGCUCGGUGCGUUCUUUACGGAGAAGACGACCCGUGGCACCAGACCGCUGCAGACAACACAGACUGGCUGAACCUCUUCAAGCAAGCCCACGGGAUACACGGUUCAUACACUCCCGUUCCUACGCUCGAUGCAUUGGAAGAUCUUGGUGUCCGACCUAAUUCCAACCUCGACCCCAGCUUCGACCUGAGCAACUUCAAGUGUCUUACUAAUGCAGAUGCCGACGCUGCAAGCCUUGCGUUAGCUUACGAAUGUUCUCUUUCGGGCUCCCUCAAUAUGGCGAGACUUGGACAUGCUUCUGUACCACCACCCAUAACUGGGUUCCCCAGCCUGUCUGGCUCCGUGCCUACCACCACAGGCUCCUUGUCACAAUUCUCUUCUAUGGCCGACUUCACAACUCUAGGAGCGCCCAUCUCCGAAAUGGAAUGCAUUGGUGGACCAGGCGGACUCUGCAUGGGCGAGAAUGGUGAAAUCGGGCUCGCUUCUUCUCAGCAGGUCGGCGAAUGCACACGGUUCCAGGCCGAUGCGUUAGGGACACACAUGAUACCGCCCAUUAGCGAGUCGGGCUUCACUUCGUUUGGUGAACCGACUGCUAACGACCUCGGCCUCGUCAAUUGGGAUCAACUGGGCAAUGGCAAUAUGGACUUCGCAGCUUCGACUGCGUCCUUGGCCGCGAGUCUGAAUGCUACAUCUGACCUUGGUAAAUUAGGAUUCAGCUCGAGUUCUGAAUUGGAGAACAUCAUUGGCGCUGCUACCACUGAGCCCAUGACGUGGGACGAUAGCGAGCUUACUUUCAAUAUGGAUAUGGACAUGGAUAUGAACACGGGCUUCAGUUUGACAUAG